CGUACAUCCAUGUUGUUAUGAUGUUUGUGAACGGUUUGAGAAAGCAGACUGAUGAAAUCGUAUUUUAGUCUUAACCUUCUUCCUCGGAUUCUUCAAAAGCUCAUGAGCGAUCAAGGCACAGCAGUGCUGAUCGCUCCAAUAUGGACGACCCAAAGCUUUUGGCCCAAACUAAUGUCAAUGUUGAUCGAGGAUUGGAUCGAGCUACCACGGCCACAGAGGAUUUUAUACCUUCCACACCAGCCGGAAAAAAGUCACCCCUUACUGAAAUUGGGACUUGGUGCUUUUCACGUCUCCGGAUCAGUUUGCGGGAACAGGGUUUUUCAGAUGAUUCGACUGAAGUAAUUCUAUCAUCUUGGAGAAUUUCAACUCGUAAAACCUAUGCUACUUACAUUAAGAAGUGGUUUUUAUUCACACAAUUGAUUCAUGUUGAUCCGAUGAAGCCAUCUCUUUCAAAUUUUAUAUCUUUCUUAACCAGCUUGUAUAAUUCAAAACUACAGUACAGCACUAUUGGUACUGCAAGAUCGGCUGUGAAUCAGUUUCUUAAAAUAUGUACGGGAAUAGAUUUCAGUGAAUCAGUAGUGGUUAGCAAAUUCAUGAAAGGUAUCUUUGAACUAAGGCCCUCAUUGCCAAAAUAUUCGAAAAUAUGGGAUGUUAACACAGUACUGACCUACAUAUCACGCCUUACAGACCAUCUUCCACUCUCGAUUCUGUCAGGAAAGUUGUGCGUACUGUUUCUGCUACUGUCAGCACAGAGAGGUCAAACCAUCCAUUUAGUGGAGAUACAGGACAUUUCUUUCGGUUCAAAUGAUAUUCAAAUUGCAACAAAUCACUUAAUUAAACAAUCGCGUCCUGGAUAUCAUUUAGCUCCAAUAACUUUCAAGCAAUAUGAUAAGGAUCCAAAAUUAUGCAUAGUCCGCACAUUUCGAGAAUACCUGGACAGAACCGCUGCUCUCCGCGGAAAAGUAAAAAAAAUGUUAGUAACCACCCAAAAACCACAUUCCGCAGCGUCAAGAGACACAGUUUCACGCUGGGUGAAGAGUCUGCUCACAUCAGCAGGGGUUGACAAGUGUUUUAAGCCCACAGUGUACGCUCUGCCUCUGUAUCAAAGGCUAAAGAGAAAGGUGUUAAACUAGAAACAAUCCUGAAAUCAGCUGGUUGGUCCAAUGCACGGACAUUUGCUCGUUUCUACAAUAAGCCUAUUGCAGAUGACCAUUCCUUUGAGAAUGCAAUUUUAAACAAUUGUUAAAUGUUGUUUGAUAUCAUGACAUAACAUGUAUGCUUGUACAUAGCAGUUUGAUUCUGUUUAUGUAACCUAGCUUUUGUGAAAACCGCAUACUAGUAUUUUGUUAUAUACUUACAUGUACAUUAAAGUUGAAUAUAG